CCAUGUGCACAAUUAAAUAUGUUCAAAGAAGCAACGUGCCUUUAAUCCAAAUCUCGUUAUCACUUAUAUACAAUUAUCAGCAUACAUGGCCAAGGAGAAGGAACCUCUGAUGGAGGAUCUAGAACAAGGAAUACAGCUAACCAGUGAGAAUGAAACCGGCCGGUCUGGUAACGUGGGUAGGUGGAGCGAAGGAUUUCAUGAUCCAUUGGUUCCUAAACACGGAGCAGCUGAGAAAGCAAAGGUUCUUUCGGUCACCACUAAACCGUAUAAACCGGUUCCUUGCUCUGAAUCUGAGAUUUCCGGUAUAUGGCCUUCUUCGUUUAGCAAAGAGUAUUGUUGCAUCUACAGAGUACCUAACCGGUUAAGGAGAGUGAACCCAGAUGCAUACACUCCUCAAAUGCUUCUCAUCGGUCCACUUCAACAUUCUAAGAAAGCUAAAGCCCUUGAGCUCUCCAAAACCGAUUUAAGAUAUUUGGACUAUAUCAACAUGGAACUUCACAAGAAGAAGUACCUUAAUGCUAUUGCAAAUAAAUAUGGGGAUCAAAUUAUCGAAGUUUUCAGGAAAAUCAUAAGAACAAGUGAGAAAUUCAUAAGAGAAAGCUACGCCGAGUCAACGGAGUGGAUCAAAUCCCAAGAGUUCGUGGAAAUGAUCCUCCUCGACUCGGUGUUCAUACUAGGGUUCUUUAUUCAGACUGAAACUACUCAAAACAUCAAGAAGAAAGAAGAAAUUCUUUUCCAUGAAGAAGAUAUUCUUUUCCAGGAGCCUUGUCUCAUAACCACUAUUUUAGAAGACCUAAUCUUGCUCGAGAACCAACUCCCUUAUGUCCUUUUAGAGGAACUCUCUAUACAUUUUUUCGCAAAUCUUGAAACCAAGGAAACUUUCCGUGACAUUAUCCUUCGAGCUUUCAGGUUAAAAGGAGAGGUCAAAGAAGGAAUGAAUUUCCGACAUUUUACAGAUUUGUUUCGACGUGUCCGUGUGGAAACACUUUGUUUGACAAAAGAACAAAUCAAAAGCGCAAAGGAUAAGCCACCGGAGAGCAUAAAGAGUCUGCACAACGCAGACAAACUAGACAGUGCUGGAGUGGAUUUUGUGCCUCUGGAAGAAAAAAACAAUUUAUCGUUGGUGAUUACUUUCGAACGGGGAAUCUUGGAAAUACCUUGUUUCUUAGCGGACGACAACACCGAGAGGAUUAUGAGGAACUUAAUGGCCCUCGAACAAUGUCAUUACCCUCUCACUGCUUAUGUUUGUAACUACAUAGCCUUCUUGGAUUUUCUCAUCGACACCGACCAAGACGUUGACUUGCUCGUCAAGAAAGGAGUUAUAAAGAACUGGUUAGGACAUCAAGCAUCGGUGGCGGAAAUGGUGAACAAGCUGUGUUUAGGGCUUGUGGAUUUUGGAUCUCACUAUUACGAUAUAGCCGAUAGACUCAACAAACACUACGAGAGCCGUCGCAAUAGAUCCAUAGCCACACUCCGGCGAGUUUACUUUAAAGAUCUUUGGACCGGAACUGCCACCGUUGCCGCAGUCGUUAUCCUCGUGUUGACUUUGAUUGGGACGGUGGCUUCCGUUCUCCAAGUGACGCAGAAGGAAAAUAAUCCUCCACCGUCUCCGGCUCUGUUCCGAGGACCGUAGAUUGUCUCUUGUUAUACACGAAACAAAACAAUAUUUGUUUU